AUGGGGGACAUUGCCAAGGACUUGACAGCCGGAACCGUCGGAGGGAUCGCCAAUCUGGUUGUUGGGCACCCAUUUGACACCAUCAAGGUCAAGCUCCAGAGCCAGCCCAGCCCUGCUCCAGGCCAGCUUCCUAAGUAUGCCGGCGCCUUUGAUACUGUCAAGCAAACGGUUGCGGCUGAAGGGCCAAGGGGACUCUACAAGGGGAUGGGGGCUCCUCUCGCUACUGUUGCAGCCUUUAACGCUCUCCUGUUCACUGUGAGGGGCCAGAUGGAGACUCUCUUGAGAUCGGAGCCUGGGGCGCCAUUGACGGUAAAACAGCAGGUUGUCGCUGGUGCUGGUGCUGGGCUUGCAGUCUCCUUCCUGGCAUGCCCAACCGAGCUGAUCAAGUGCAGGUUGCAGGCCCAGAGCUCUUUAGCUGAAGCAGGUGCUGUCUCCGGCGUGGCGCUACCCAAAGGGCCAAUGGAUGUGGCUAGGCAUGUCAUGAGGGACGCUGGCGUCAAAGGUCUGUUCAAGGGCAUUGUCCCAACAAUGGGCCGUGAGAUCCCCGGCAACGCCAUAAUGUUUGGCGUGUACGAGGCCGUUAAGCAGUACAUGGCCGGCGGUCGGGACACGUCUGGCCUCGGCCAGGGCUCUCUCAUCCUUGCCGGUGGCCUCGCCGGAGGAGCUCUGUGGCUCACGGUGUACCCAACCGACGUCGUGAAGAGCGUGAUCCAGGUGGACGACUACAAGAAGCCGAGGUACUCGGGGUCGAUCGACGCUCUCAAGAAGAUCGUCGCGGCCGACGGGGUCAAGGGCCUGUACAAGGGGUUCGGCCCCGCCAUGGCCCGCAGCGUCCCGGCAAAUGCCGCCACCUUCGUGGCCUACGAGAUCACGCGGUCGGCCAUGGGCUGA